UGAUGGUCAGCUGACACUGAGCGGCUCUUAUGUCCUUUAAUCUCCUUUAACGUGCAGUCUCGUAUAUUCGGUCUUUUCUAUUGUAUAUUGUAUAUUUAGUUAUAAACAAAUAGAUUGUACGUGUGUAUAUAUAUAUACAGUAUAUAUAGAGUUGUUGUGCGGUCAUCAGGACUGUCAGCUCUAAUAGAGGAUUAUUCUGUUUAUAAUUGUUAAAUCUUUUUUCUUAAUUUGCAUAUUUAUAAAGACUCUGUUUUGAAAAUGUCUGGACCAAACGGUGAUCCCCAUAUUUCAGCGGAUGAUGGAAUAAUCGAUGAUGAAGAUGAAUUCAGUGAUGAAGAAUAUGCAGCAAUCAACUCCAUGCUAGACCAGAUCAACUCGUGUCUGGAUAAUAUAGAGGAGAGAAACGAUGUUCUGAACGGAAAACUGCACGAGCUGCUGGAGUCCAACAGACAAGUGCGGCAAGAGUUCAGAGAGCAGCUGACGGAUGGAGACACCGAGGAACAUCCUCCUCCUGAUAAAGAUCAAAUGUCCACAGAAACACUGAAUGAAGACUAGUGAGGUCUACGUGGUGUUUCAUUAUCAUUAAUGCAUUCACAUGUAAAUGACACCUGCAGUAUAUUUACAGGUCAUAAUAGGGUAGAAAAUGCUAUUUUUAUUUUUUGUUAUGACUAUAUUCCACAUUUUUGUGGAAGUAUGAGAAUUAUGUAGUGACCCAAACAAUCUUAUAUUUGAGCUUCUUCAAUGUAAACACCCUUUGUCAAGAUUUAAAGUCAAAUGUUUCCAAACUUUUCACUGGUAUAGUGUUUGUCCUUGCAUUUAUGUUGUUUGUGUGUAAACUGAUUGUUUAUGGAUGUAACAUCGUGUAAAUAAUGAAAAAGCCCUUGUAAUCAUCAAAUAUUUUAAUAGAAAUGAAAACAAGCCGAAUGCAGAAAAAUAAACAAAACCUCCAUCUGCUAUAAAACACUCGUUUUGUUCAGUUGUUGAAUUAAAGUAGGACACGAAACACAACUUUACUGUGGUAGAUUGAAUGGACUGUUGUCAUGUGGCCGUGGGUUCGAGUCGCAGUAUGAUUAGCUUGCCUUAAAUGUGUCCCGCAGUCCUUCCUCUGUCAGUGCUCAACAAAAUACAGAAAUUACAAUCUUACAACAUUAUUCCAUGACUGAAAAUCCCUUCAGCUUCAUUGAAGGUGUACAUGAGUGUUUCAACCAGCAGUGCAGUGCAGGUUUUAUUUACCAUGUCUCGCAAAAAAGAUCUCAAGUUUUAGUACUAUAGGUACUCUCACUAGAAGUGGCCGUCCAGCUAAGAUGACUGAAUGGGAACACCGCAGAAUGCUCAUGAGGUAAAAGAGAACCCUAGAGUGACAGAUAAAGACUUGAAGGAAUCAUUGGAACUGGUUAACAUCUCUGUUCAUGAGUCUACUGUACGGAAAACAUUAAACAGGUGUACAUGAGUGUUUUCAGCCAGCAUUGCAGUUUAUAAACGUGCUAUGCUCAUCUUUGCACUGAAUCACUUAUUAAUCAUAAGGCCUAAACGUCUCGACACGUUCUCGGUCUGACAAACUAGUAGUAAAUGCUUGAUACAAAGAAAUGCAACUCCACAUGAUUAAUAAAACCAAUUUACACCACUUGGACAAUGACAAACAAAUGUACACCUCAAAUGAAGUGUUAUCAUUGGUGGAAAUCAACACUGACUACAGUAUGAAAAAUGCAUGGUCUAAUCUCUGUUUUGCAUGAAGAAAAUGAAGCAUUUAUCAAAUGA